AUGGUUGCAUAUUUGUUCGCUGUGUUACUUAUUGGAGGGCUCUCCUCCGUCCAGUCUAAUCGUAUUAUUGGCGGCGUCGAAACGAGUAUUGAAGAGUACCCCUUCAUAGUACAACUCGAAGCUUUCACAUCACCCCUGGGCUGGAGUCAGACUUGUGGUGCCAGUAUCCUCACUUCCUAUUGGGUUCUAUCUGCUGCACACUGUUUUGAAGAAUGGGAAGUCAGCCCCAAGCGCAUACGAGCAGGUACCACUUAUCGCAACCAUGGUGGCACCAUGCACUACCCAAGGUUUACGUUUAACCACCCUCAGUACCGCGUAGCCUCCCGCUAUGAUGCUGACGUGUCAGUUAUGAGAGUCACCAGUCCUUUUGUAUACUCUCUUUAUAUUCAACCAGGGACUAUAGUUCCUCAGGGCUAUCAAGUUCCUGACAAUACCCCGGUGGUACUUGCUGGAUGGGGUGACACUGCCUGGGGUGGAAACCCAGCAACAGGUCUGAAGAAAGUUGAAAUCUACACAAUAAACAACGAAUUAUGCAGACUACGUUACCAAGAUUUACCGGGUAAUCUUGUUGUUACACCUAACAUGAUGUGCGCUGGUAUUUUGGAUGUUGGAGGUCGUGAUGCAUGCCAGCACGAUGGUGGUGGUCCCGUUCUGGUUGGUAAAAUUAUCGUUGGAGUAAUCUCUUGGGGGCAUAGGUGCGCUAACGCUACUUACCCAGGAAUCAGUACAGCUGUCUCUUCAUAUACGGAUUGGAUUGUUCAGACUGCUAGAGGAUAA